AGACGCGAGGAUAAGCUACAACAAUUGCGCGAGCUGUUGGCAAGGGCAGAGGAGAGUGAUAGGAAGAAGCAGGAGAAGAAGAAACUGAAGAGGAAAGAGCGUGAGAGUAUAAAGAAGGAGGAUGAUGGCAAUGAGCAUCAUAAGAAAAAGAAGAGGAAGGAUCACAAGGAGAAGGAGAAGUCCUGGAGUGAAUACGAAGAGGUGUCAUAUCCCUCCACAUCGACAGACAUACCAACGACUACGACAACGACUACGACAUCGACGACGACGACGAAGUCAGAG